AUGCCGUGCGAAGGCUGCGGACUGAGUGAGGCCACGAUGCAGUGCCCGACGUGCAAGAAGCUGAACCUGCCGCCCUCCUUCUUUUGCACGCAGACUUGCUUUAAGGAGCACUGGAGUGAGCACAAGCUUAAGCACACGCAGCCGCAGGGACUGGUUGCGAACAUUCCCACCAUGACCGCGGCCGAGGCGAAGAACUUUGACUUCCCCGGCACGCUGCGGCCGGGGAGGAUCACCGCGCGGCGUGCGGUACCGGACCGUAUCCCGAAACCCGACUACGCCCUCCGCAACGAUGGGAUCUCGCCUUCGGAGGAAAAGGACCGCGGCAACCACAAAGUCCCAGUUUUUAACCUCAAGCAUCUUGACGACGACGAAACGGACGACGCUCUGCGCGCGAAAAGUGACAUUCUGAAGAUGAAGCACGUCUGCAAGCUCUGCCGCGAGGUGCUCGAUAUCGGGUGCCGGGCGGUGCGGCCGGGCGUGACCACGGAUGAGAUUGACCGCGUCGUGCACGAAGCCACCAUCGAGCGCGAGAUGUACCCCUCCCCGCUGAAUUAUUACAACUUCCCCAAGUCAUUAUGCACAAGCGUGAAUGAGAUUAUCUGCCAUGGCAUUCCCGAUAGCCGCGAGCUCGAGGAAGGCGACAUCGUCAAUCUCGACGUCUCGUCCUUCCUCGAGGACUUCCACGGAGACCUGAACGAGACCAUCUUUGUCGGCAAACCCGACAAGGACUCUGUGCGUCUUGUGCACACCGCGUACUCCUGCAUGAUGGCCGGCAUCAACGGUGUCAAGCCGGACGAGCUCUACCGCCGCAUCGGUGAUCUCAUCGAGGACCGCGCCGACAAGAGCAACUGUUCCGUGGUCCGCAGUUACACCGGCCACGGCCUGGGCCAUCUCUUCCACACCUCCCCCACGGUCUGUCAUUAUAGAAACAACAAGUCGCUCGGCAUGAUCAAGACGGGCCACGUUUUCACUGUUGAGCCGAUGAUCAACCUCGGUACGUGGCAGGACGUGACGUGGCCAGACAAGUGGACCUCGUCCACGAAAGACGGCAAGCGUAGCGCACAGUUUGAACACACGUUGGUUUGCACGGAGAACGGCUACAGACUUCUCACCGACUGGGAGGACGGCGUCCCCUUCUACCAGCACCAACUGGAGUCCUUUGAGAUGACGAUCCCUGUCGUCGAGGAGGGCGAGAACAUGCUGAUAAAGAAGUAG